AUGAGAAUCAUACAGUUUAGCCGUCCGGUUAAGUAUGAGGAUCUGCACCAGAAAGUCAAGACUGUGUUUGGGCAGCUAAUGGAUUUAAAUUACACUAACAAUGAGCUACUAAUUCCGUUGCGAAGCCAGGAUGAUCUUGACAAAGCCGUUGAUUUGCUGGAUCGAAACUUUAACAUGAAGAGCCUGAAAAUCCUGCUGGUAGCUCAGGAGAAAAACCAUUUCAGCCCAUCAUAUCGAAAAUCUCGUAUGUCCAGAGCGCAGAGUUAUCCUGACAACAGACAGCUGUACCUGGACCGUGAGAACCAUAUCUAUGAUAAAGCUGGAAAAGGGGGCACCUACCCCAGACAGUUCCACAUGCCUGUCCACCAGAAAGAUUAUGGAGAUGGACGGAGAACCUUCCCAAGGAUUCGCCGACAGCAGGGGAACCUGUUUACUCUCGUCCCGUCCAGCAGAUCCCUGAGUACAAAUGGGGAGAAUAUGGGCUUGGCUGCUCAAUACAUUGACAGCAGGGGGAGAAUUCGCAGUGGUGACAUCGAAAAUACUCUCUCAGUGCAAGAGAGGAAUGUUCCCACUAAAUCACCAAGUGCACCUACCAACUGGAGGAGAGGAAAACUGCUGGGACAAGGAGCUUUUGGACGUGUCUACCUCUGUUACGAUGUAGACACAGGACGUGAACUUGCCGCUAAACAAGUUCAGUUUGACCCUGACAGCCUUGAGACCAGCAAGGAAGUAAGCGCUUUGGAGUGUGAGAUUCAGUUACUGAAGAACCUACAGCACGAGCGAAUAGUGCAAUACUAUGGCUGUCUCCGUGAGAAAGCAGAGAAAACUCUUUCAAUUUUCAUGGAGUAUAUGCCUGGGGGUUCGGUGAAGGACCAACUGAAAGCAUAUGGUGCGCUAACAGAAAAUGUGACCCGAAAAUACACAAGGCAGAUUCUGGAAGGCGUGUCCUAUUUGCACAGUAAUAUGAUUGUACAUCGAGAUAUAAAAGGAGCGAACAUUUUGCGAGACUCUGCAGGGAACGUGAAGCUGGGCGACUUUGGAGCAAGCAAACGUCUGCAGACAAUAUGCAUGUCAGGAACUGGAAUCCGCUCAGUAACUGGGACACCAUAUUGGAUGAGCCCCGAGGUUAUCAGUGGUGAAGGUUAUGGAAGGAAAGCAGAUGUUUGGAGCCUGGGAUGUACGGUGGUGGAGAUGCUCACAGAGAAACCUCCCUGGGCUGAGUACGAAGCUAUGGCUGCCAUUUUCAAAAUCGCCACUCAACCAACAAACCCCCAGCUGCCAUCUCACAUUUCCGAUCACUGCAGGGACUUCCUGAAGAAAAUAUUUGUGGAUGCAAAGCAAAGACCAUCAGCAGAGGAACUGUUCAGAAAUCCAUUUGUCCAGUUAAUUCACUGAUGGAGGUAGCUUGCUUUGAAGCUGGGAUUUUCUUAAUCAUAGUAUUUUUUAAAAACUGUCUAAAGGUUGUUAUACCUAGUGUUCCAUUCAGACAAUGUACUCAGUAACACCAGUUACAUGAGUGUCUGUAUCCCAAGGCAGCAGUUUUGUCCUGUGGUAUAGGGUGAAUACUGAAGAUAGCUGAACAACUACACAAUUCUCAAUGCAUUUACAGACACCAUCGACAGUUUAUUCAACAGAAGGUCUCAUCUCAACACUGUACACCAUCAACAGGACAGAAAGCAGCAUUUCAACAAACCCUGGAACACUUCAUGAAAACAUAUAGUCGUUCCACAGAACAAGCAAUUUCCUAUGUUAUGCAAAGUGGAAGUAAUGCUGUUUUUUUGAGGAAUGUAUAUAUUGUACUUUUACUCCCAAAUUCCAAAUGCGCCUUGUUGACUUUCUAUUCCGUUUUCUCCAUCUGUCUAUUUUCAUAUGCAUUGGAGGCAAGGCUUUCUACAAGGAGCAGUGCUUAAAUAAUUCUGGUGAGAUCGAGAUACAGGCUGCCAGAUUUCCACCUCACCUGUUUCUGUCAAACUCGUGCUUCAAUCAGGAAUGUUAUAUUUUGUGUGUGUGUGUGUGUGUGUGUGUAUAUGUGUGUAAGCACAUAUACAUCUACUGUUUACCAAAGUCUAAUCAUUUUCUUUUUGUUUGCAACCUUGAAUUUCCUACUCAAUGAGAUAAGAUCCACAUCAAGGCAAACUGUAAUGUGGCUACAUUGUUAAAUGCCUGGUUACUGAUUAGUUCUAGUGAUUGGAAUUUGCAGAUUUCAACAAUGUAUUUUUGACAAGGCAGCCAGUCACCAUGUUUGGAGGGGAAACAAGAGGGGAGACGAAUGUCACUUUUCAUUUGUUUCAUAUUUAAAGGUGCUAGUUCUCACAACUGAAACAAAGAGGUGCACUCCCCCAGUUGCACCCUACGUCUUUAGGUUUGUUAUAUUUAAAAAAAUGCAAGUUUCUUAUUUGCUAAAUGUUAGUGUUCUGCCAGUGAAUCCGUCAGUUCAACAAAGUAAUGACACUGAAAUUAACCCUUGCUGUUAUGUGAAUAAUUGCAUAUAUCAGUAGAGAGACAUGUUCAUUCAGAAUUGCCUUUCCAUGUGACUCAGCCACUGCAUUGGCUUUGUAAUAUGCAGGGUUUUGGCAAUUCCUUGAUAUCUGCAGCCAGCGAUGGGCAACACCUCUUUGUGCAAUGGAAUUAGCAUUACAGUUUUACAUUGAGACUUUUCCACAGCACAGCUGAACACACAGUAACUACGAAAUCGCACAAACAAUGCUCUCUAAUUUGUACAAAUGUUUUGGAUGUUCCGUGGAGGUUAUUAGUUAUAGCCCUACUUAUACUUCGAGUUGAAACUGGUGCAUCCUAAUGUGUGCUGGUGAGAAGUAUUUCAGUGGUACUUGUUAAUGGCACUGCCACUCCACACCUAUUAUGCUAUGAAUGGGUGUCUGACCUUUUUUUCUUGCUAGCCUGCUGUCUGUCAUUUUUUGAUACAGUUGAUGACUUCUGAUCACAAAUACCAUUCUUUGUCCAUAUAAAAAUAAAUUGGUAUUGACAAUUUACGCCACGUAUCACAAUAGAGGACAGCAGGGGCUAUGAUGAUCAAUUUUGUUCAUUGUGGUUUUAUACUUUUUGUUUAGUGUGGCAAUUACACCAGAUAAAUACUCAGAUCUACAACAAAUUAGCUGCCACUAGUUAACUUGUUUUAAAACUUCUCUAUUUCCAAAGUCUUCACUUAAACUACUUCUAUCCACUGUUGUAGCCCUGUUCUCCCACCAUAUUGUGUGACCCUUAAAGCACAGACAAUCCCAGAUGCCCUCAAAGUGAAUGCAGUGGAGGUAUUGCCCAUCGUUUGAAUCCAGUACUAACACUGAGUUAAAGAACAAAGGGACAAAGAUAUACUUUCAGUAUAAGGCUUAAUGCCAACUGCUUUCAGCUCUGUGAAGAUGCACUUUCUUGAAUGUAUUUUGUACUGAACUUAUUUUUUAACUUCCUCUUUGCUGAUGUAAUUUAUGCCUCUUUAUACUUUUAUUUUAUUUUUAUUUAUACAAGAAAUGCUAUUUGAUGGUUUUAUAUAUAUAUUUAUAUAUAAGACUUGAGACUGUUGCAUAAAUCUAAUGCAAAUACGGUGCCUUUAAGGAAAAGCAGCUGGUUUUGCAGCAGUUGGCAGGAGACUUUGAGUGCCAUUCUGUGCUGCCCAGUGCAUCGUGUAGCAAUGGAUGUAUUCGCCAUCUUUAUUUGACUGGCCAUAAUGUAAUUGCCAUUACCAGCAUUUCCCUCAUCCAGACCAUCACUUUUACUCAAUGUUACUCAUGAUGUGGGCUUAGUUGACUAGACAUUUGCUGUCCAUCCAUAAAUGCAUUUGAACUAAUGGCUUGUUGGCCAUUUCAGAGGGCAGUUGAUCAACUACAUUGCUGUGGGUUUGGAGUCGGGUGUAAACCACACCAAGUAGGGAAUGCCAAUUUCCUUCCUAGAAGAACAUGAACUCAAUGGGCUUUUUACAACAAUGAUGAUGGUUUUAAAUCAUCAUUACUGAGACGAGCUUUAUAUUGCAGAUUUAUUUAUUAGAAUUCUACAAGAUGCUAUGGUGGGAUUUGUAUUUUUGUCUCCAGAACAUUAGCCUGGCAUCUGAAUUGGAGAGGAGAUGGCCUAGUGGUAUUAUCACUAAACUAUUAACGCAGACACCCAGGUGGUGUUCGGGGCACCCAGGUUCAAAUCCUGCCACAGCAAGUGGUGAAAUUUGGACUCAGUAAAAAUCUGGAAUUGAGUCUAAUGAUAACUGUGAGUCCAUUGCAGAUUGUCGGAAAAACGCAUCUGCUCCACUAGUCUGGCCUACAUGUGAAUCCAGAUCCACAGCAAUGUGGUUGAGUGUUAACUGCCCUCUGGUCAAUAAAUGCUGGUCUACCUAGCGACACCCACAUCCCAUAAAUGAAUAAAAAAUACUUAGCUGUUUACACUAAGCUGCCGUUUUCAUAUUGUUAAUUGUCUACCCACUUUGGCAGACGAGCUGUUCUAAUGUUUUGUGAGGAACCAGGGAUACAACUCCCACUUCAUCCUCUAUUUCCUUCAGCAACUCUUCCUUCUGACGACUCACCCUCGCAUUCUGUAACCCUCAUCCUAAAUUUCUCACGUUUAACAUCUUUGCCCAAUUCACCAAAUCCCUCAAAAACUUCAUCCAAAAAUCUCAUAACAGUUUUGGUCUAUUCUCUUCAAAAAUCUUUUUCUCUUCUUUUCAAACAUACUCCCCCACUCAUUCCAAUUAAAACUUCUUGUAGAUGUGGAGUUUAGACUAUGGUUAAAUACUACAUUAGUUGCAGAUGGAAUAGUUGAGUGUAUUGUGAGAAAAUGCAUACCAUUAGCACCUCUAAAGACUAGCAAAAGCUACUGUUUCCAGUUCUUCCAUUUAUUUUCCUGAGUUCAAAAAGAAAUUGGGAUUAUUACUGAUAUAUCCAGGUUUUCAAACAGUCUUGAAAUUUGUGUUCCUGUAAUGGUCAACAGCUGUUGGCAGGAAGGGGGAAAUGAUUCAUCCUGGCACUGAGCUGCACAGAAAUUCUCCACAAAGUCUUCAAUCACUUAGGCAUGGCAGAGAGUCCUCUGUCAGACCCAGUGAAGUGCUAAAGGCUUGCAGUGCAGAGCCACUCCAGUAGAUUGUGUUUUUAAAGUAAAGCCGGAUCAGUUUUUCAUAUUUUUAAAAA